GUGGACGCUGGUCAUCUUUUGGUGUGCGCCAUUCUGACCACUGGUCUUCUAUCCACGCUCGAGUGAAACCGUUUCUUCUCGGCGUUUUUGACAAGCCGGGCUCCAGGUUUUGGAUAUGACGCUCGCCAAUCCUUGUUUCUGAUCGUUGUGGAAGAAGUUUACAUGGAGUCGUACGAGGUGGGCGGUGGUGCGGCCAACGGGCUGCCGACGGCGGGCCUGGUGCCCGGCGUGGUGCCGUCGUCCGGUCCUGUUCUGGACCACAGCGCCCAGAAGGACAGGCGUCUGCUGGCGCAGCAAGGAUCGCUGGGCAAGCGCCGCAAGCCGUCCAGGGGAAGCCUUCACGUGUUCCUGUCGGCCCUGCAUCGCUGGACGCCCGGCGACAGCAGCGAAGACUCCUCGGAAGCCACGACUGCGGUCACCGCCGACGCGGCAGGGUCGGCCCCACUGCCUGCCGCACGCAGCGCACCGUCUGGAAGACCGUCGGCUCGCAGUAGCCCACCGCCCUUGGCCACAGAUAUCGAUAACGUCAACGAAGCAGACGCCAAACCGAAGCCCUAUCGAACGAAUCAGGAACAAGCCGAGAUCAACAACAACAAGAACAUCACCAACAAGAACGACGUCAAGAGCGAGACCAGCAGCAACAACAAGCCGGGCGUCCGGUUCAUCGCGGACUCCGAGCGGCCGGCAUCCGCCGGAGGCCUCUUGGAGUCGUCCAAGAAGUCCGAGGGGGUCCGUCCAGGCGUCGGUGGCACCAUCCUCGGGCACCGGCGGCAGUCCAGUCUCGACUCGGGUUGCAGUCUUGACAUGUCAUCGUCCUCGUCGUCUUCAGGCAAGGGUUCACCAGACCCCGUAGCGCCGACGCUCACGCCUCCGCCGGAGUUCGCCGACACGCCCAUCAUGGAGAGGAGGCGUCGGUCCAGAAGGAGGCACACCUCUGGCGCUUCGACAACGGGCGCUGCUCCAGGAACCACAUCUGGAUCGCCGGGAGUAGGAACGUACAGCGCUGUCCCCAAGGUACCCGACUCCAUACCACGCAUACCGCGUGCCAAGGAGACGACUGCGAGCACCGUGCAACAGCCGUCGUCACCGGAAAUUCACAUCAACUUCAGGAUUCUGCCCAGGGCUAAAGCACGUGGCGGUGCCAAUGGUGUGGGCCCGCAAGUGUCUCGUUCCGAAAGCUGUCGCCCUUUCAGUAAGUGUGCAGACAGCGCGCCUCCGCCGGCUUUCAAGACCAUGUCCUGGGACCGACACCUGCUCUCUUCUCCGUCGGAUCGCUACCUGGACGACUCCGAGAGGCGCUGCCGGUCGCUCUCUCGUCCCAGUCGGCUGCCAUUUACUUCGAACGAGGAAGGCAGCAAGAGGGAUCCUGAAUGGCUCGAGAUAGCGCGACGCCGACAGGCCACGGGAGUCGACUGGGAAAACUUGGAGACUCACAUGAAGCAGCCGCAGAGCAUCUCGUGCAGCAACCUGUCCGAGAGCCACAUGCGAGGCAAGGUGUCCACCCUGGCCUCUGCCGACCGGGCCGGCUUGCGCCUGGUGCGAUCUGCCAGCGCCCUCUAUCCUCGCAUCAAGAUGUCGCGUUUCGAGCGACGCAUGCGAAGGGAAAAUCCAAAUCCAUCUCCUGAGAGACGUCGCUCGUCGGACGAGUUCGUGCUCGUGUCUUCGUCGUCAUCCUCUUCGGACGCCGCGUCGGCCGGCGCCAGUUCUACGGAGGACGAGAAACCCAGCUUCCUCAACGUCCAGCUUCGACACGUCGAGAAGGCGCCGCCGCUGAACGUGGUUUUCCAGACGCGAGGAGGCGGCGUCGGGGUCGCCGGUGCCGUGGAGCCUGCGCCCGCCGUACCCCGCUCCGCAUCGCCCACGCUCACGUGGAAGAGCCACCGCGAAGACAACGUGGCCGUCACCACGCCGUCGCCAACGAGGCUGGACAGACCCCCCGGCGCGUCGGCUAGAUCCGACAGAGUGGCCGCCGGAAGGACCAGAACGGCGUCGGAAUCGCUGGGCGUGGCCGAGUACCUGACGCCGAAGCGAGUCGAGCUCAUCGAAGCUCCGGUGCCUGCAACCAAGAAGGACGCAGGGGGUCAUGCACGUGGGAGCCCGACCCGGACCGCUCUGUCCGAUCACGUCUCACGAGGUGGCGUCAGGGGUGGUCCUCCGCUACGGAGGAGUUCGAGCGUCCAGAUGCGCAGCCGCGACGUCAUGUCGACAGGCCGGGCUUCGCCGUGGGACACAACGGACUCGGCCGUUACACCGUCGUGGAUCCUCGAGGCCGAGCGCAAGAAGAAGAGCGGCAUAGACUGGGCUCGCUUAGACAAAUCUCUGUCCCAGACCGGUGGCAAGCGGGCGACAAACUUGUCCAGCGAAUGUCUUCACCAGCCGACUUCGGCCACCGAAGUAGUGCCUGACUGGCUGAAGGAGAUUCGGAAAAAGAAACAGGAGGACGCCUCCAUCAGGCUGUCGAGGAGUUCAGAUGACCUCCCGUGUGCGGUGCUGCUGGAAAGUCUCAACAACGGCGGCGCGGCCAACGGCAUCGAGUGCGGGGGCCCGCGGGUACCGAGCAGCCGCCGGGAAGACUCGGUCGACUGGCCGGACAACCUGAGCGCUCUGCUGGACGAAAUCUUCAGCGAGGCCGAGGAGUCGUGCACGACUCCGUUCCCGACGCUGCUGCCAGCGAGCGAGUCGGCGGCGGAAGCUGUGACCGCGCCGUCGCAGCAGCAGGACGAGCGAGGCGACGCCGAGAUUUACGUCAACGUCCCUCUCAGGGUUGCCCGACCAGUCGAAGACCAAGAUGCGGAGGAAGAAGACGCUCGCGACGCGUCGAAGUCGCCCGCGCUAGUCGAAGCGGCGGAGCGUUCCGAGACCUGCAAGAACUUGCAGACAGUUGACGGCGUGAACCGAGCCACUACCGCCAACACUGCGACCACAAGUGUUGCGGCCAUUCACGCCGCUGCCAUGCAUUCGCCCAAGCAGGCGCUCAUGGAGGAGCUGAAGCACGUGCUACAGAAACGCUACACCAUGGAGGUCCUCAGAGAGGAUAUUCUGAACGAGGCUAACGUUAUCGACAGUGCCACACCGCGUCCUCAGCCCCGGAGCCCAACCGAAGCUCUUAGAAAAACGCCCCCAACCGCUGCUCAGAGGUCGACCGAACAGCCGACGAGCACGGAAGUCAGCGGCGUCGGUUCUUCCAUUCCGCCGCCGCCUCCUAUGCCUCCGAGCGACUUCUGGUCAAAGCCUAAAGAAGUGUGGUUCAAACAGCAGAUGCAGAAGCCCGGAGCUGGUGUCCUAGUUGCCCCCGUCUGUCAGCGAGACAGUGAGACGCAGACACACAUUGCGGACUACGGUGCCCAAGUGACAUCGCCUGUACAAGCCUUCAGCCCAACUUCUAUGCUGCACGCGAUGACACCCUUCGCGACUUACACUCGCCCGUUCGUCACUCCCACUGGAAACCAGGUGCUUCUACUCGACGACCGUUCGGUUCAGCUUCAGUCAGGGCCUCUGUACGCGAUGCCCAUAUACGCGGGUGCCACGCCUACAUCUACUUCCGAUCGGCCCUUACCGCUGCCUCCACAGUCGGCGACCGGAGUAUUUCCAGCGACUCCCGCCGUACUUGUAGCUCGGGACGACGACCGCUUCGCCAAGAAGGUGCCGAUGGAGUCCAAGUCCACCUCGACGGACGGUUACUUCGCCCCGACUUCGAGCCCCGCACCGGCGGCUUCCGGAACGACGGGUGGUGGCGACACCAAGAGCCUGCUCGACGAAGUCGAGAAGAAACUGGAGCAGGACAGGAAGCCUCCAGACGAAAGCCGGCCGCGAACGGUGACCCCCGCCGCUGGAGGAGGAGGAGUGUCCAAGAUCACCACGGUUGAGACGAUGACCAUCAUGGAGACGCUAGAGUCCACGACGGUGUCGAGGCGCGCCAUCGACGAGACGUCCCUCAAGUCGAUUUGCGGUCGCUCUGGGAAAGAGGACGUCUUGUCGGGCCUCUCCGACUCCCCGAUUCCUUUUGCCGACGACGAUGACGUCAUGGAAGAGCUCGGAUUCUCGUCACGGGUCGAGUCGAGGUCCGCGUCCCGGGCUGAAGAAAAGAGCGAAGUUCUGAGCGACGAGAAGGUCACUAUGUACUCGUCGACGAGGAAGCAUUCAGUGCCCCGUACAGAACCGAAGGAAACGGUCCAAUUGAGGGACGUCAAAUCGCCGCCACUUUCGAAGCAGGUUAAUGGUGAGCACGCUACGCCAAAGCCGGCUUCGCCGCCUCGUGUUCCGUCACCGCAGCAAGCCGUCACGCCACUCCGAGCCACGACGCCUCCGCUUUCGUCGGCGAAGGGUACCUUGAUGAACGGCCAUCGCAGUCCACCUCGUAGUCCGCCUUAUAGUCCACCUCUGGAGACGUCCUUUGACGUUGUGGACAGGGGUUUUCACACCGAGCCGCUCAAGAAGAAAGUCCCGAACGGGGUGACCGUCUUGUCCAGCUCCAAGGGGGAGUCCGUCACUUCCAAGUUCCAGAGGCCGUCAUGCAUCAGUCCUUCGAGCUCUACAGUUACGACAGGUCCAGACGGAACGCUCAGGGGCGCCCACGCAAGAACCGCGGCUCAAACUCUCGCCGCUGCCACGAAGGAAUAUUGCAACGGUGACGUCCGGCGACCUCUGGGACCUUUCAAGGCUACCAAGUCCAUGAGCGACUCCAACCUAGGUGCGAGGAUGAGACCCACGAAGAGACCCACGGCAUCGCAGGCCACGCAGACUCCGAACGGCGUGCUUCCGACUUUCGAGAGGCGAGGCGAGAGCGGCUUCGGAGGCCGAGCCAUGGGCGUGCAGACGGAUGACAGGAUCGAGUCGUUCCUUCGAGACACGCUGCGCAGCUCGACCAAGGAGGUGGAGUUCGUCACCAAGGUGGACAGCAGCCAGCCGUCCAAGACGCUCAGGAAGAAGGUCACCACCAAGAUCCUGCGCGGCACCAGCGGCAAGGCUGGGGGCGUGCGGGAGAUCAUCGAGGAGAUCUACGACCAGUCGUCGGUGGUGGUCCGUCCCAGCCCCGCAGUGAAGAACGUGACACGUAGCGUGCAACAGACCAGCGACGGCCAGAAGUACCUAACCACGGUCAUCACGGAGGCGCCGCCCACGGGACGCUCGAGAAGGAACCGGAGGAGGGGAUUCGGCGAUCCGGACACGCACAUCAUCAUGGUAUGACGUCUUCUACGAGACAGCGUCACACGAGACUACAGUCAGCUCCCCCGCGCAUCAUGACUAAGUCAUACAUGUAGACAUCUGAGGUGGCCAUCGGAAUGGAGCCAACCAUGGCCGCGCGACCAUGGGGCCCCCUGGCGGACUCUUGUUUCUGUUACCUCUGCUUUGCGAGAAAACUUUGGGAAGUGCUUUAGCGUUGACCUUUUCUGUCUCGUUUUUCAGCGUACGUGCCUUUAAAGCCACGUCUCAAGAUCCAAUACUGAACGGAUAACACGCAAACGUCGUGUGAGUUUGCACACUGCUUAGCACUGGAGCGAAAUAGCGCGGUUCUUACAAGCGGCGCUGUUCCUGUCAUGCAACAGCCACUGCCAAGGGUGUGCGAUGGUACCGACCAAUGUUUCGAUUUUAAUUUCGUGAUACCUCACAUACUAGCGAUUUUGGACGGACAGUAUACUUAUAAAAUCUGCGAUCUAUGACACCUCCAGAUAUUGAGCAAUGCUUUCAAGGCAGCUGUGUCAAUGUACUUUGUACUUUUUUGGUGAGUUUAAACACCCCCUCCCCCAUAGCUGUUUUAUCUGCUAGUCUAGUGGAUAUUGCUAAUGGGGGAAGGGGGGUAGCUGCUAAUAUGACAAAGGUCCCUGAAGGGGGCAAGGUAUCCCUGAAGGAGCUAACUGUGGAGGUCAGCUCUCUGGCGUUCCAGGGGGUGCCGUGGGCGGCAGAGGGGUGGAGCUUAAGAUUUCAGGGGGUUAGAUACUCCCUUCCACCUCUGACGUCACCACUGUCCCUAUUGCAGACUCCGCUUCUACAAAUGAAAACUAGGAGGCGGUUGCCACCCGUGUACAAGCUGCAGCCAGAGCAAUGAGCUUGAACUACGCGCCAUCUUUUAUAUUAACGCGCGCAGUCUACGUCGAUGUUCGGCAGGCGGCGUCGCAAGUUAGAGAAAAGGCUGGCUUUCUAGUCUGACCAGAUUUCGACGUCUGGCUUGGCUAGAAAGUGUAGUAACCGUUUCCUUUCCGUUAAAAAGAAACUGAAUACCGCCAUAAGUCGGAUGUGAGCAGAUAGUUAACUUUCCGAUUCGACUGGUAGUUUUUGUUUGCCAAAGCCUCCGUUCGCUGUUGCAAGGAUGUCGCUCUAGUGAAUCUCCUCGAAAUCUUAAGUGACGCGCCCGAUUUGGCCAGUUUUUUAAACUUUUGGUCGUAGAACAAACUGCUUGUUUCUUGAUUUGUGUUCUUUGUCCGUCGUGUGGGUGUAGCCUAUCACUGCCGACAUCACGUUCAGAACUUUUUGUCUCUCGAAUUGCACUACUAGCUGUGCUGUCUUAUUAAGCCUUGCGUACCAAGCUAUAAAAUUAACUGGUUGUGGUUCGAUGUCACGUACCUUCGUGAAUUUCGUGAACCUAGUGUCGAUACCUCUAUUUUUCUAGCGCUUCAGUGAUCCCGUUUGUAGCGUGUGAAUUAUGUUCUGUGUGUACAUAGAUGUAAAUUAUGAUUAUAGGAUAUAAUAUAUGCCUGUUGUGUUUUUUUUUUCUUUCUUUCUAGAUAUAAAAUACGCUCACUUCCUGAUUAUUUUUUCCCUUACAUUCUUACCACACUCGUUGUCAUUGUGCUGCGGAAAGCUGCUUAACCAGAUCCUUUUCUCUUGCUGUAAUACAUCUGUAGAGCGCUCUCUUAUAACUGCACGUUUUUGAAGCACUUCCUUCCUUCAGCAGAAAUCAGAGGUGCGAACCGGAAUGUUGGGUUGUCGGCGCCUUUCGUUACCAGCUUGUUCAAGGGCACAGAGAGGGGGGCUUCAUCUCGCAGCUCUCGCUGCUCAGAUGAAAGUACGAAGAAAUAAAAGCCUUGUUCUAUGUAGGA